AUGACGACUGCUGGCCAGAAGCGUUCUCGCCAAACGGCUGAUAUAUACCCUCCUCUGAGUGCUCCCAACACCAGCCCUUCCUACACCUCUGCACCUCAUCACAAGUCUUCUUCGAGGAACGCUAGUCAUAUCAACGCCACGUCAGCUUCCUCGUUUCGGAAUGUGUCCGCUUGCAAUCGUUGCCGUGUGCGAAAGAAUCGUUGUGACCAGAACCUGCCGGCGUGCUCAGCCUGUGAGAAGGCAGGCGUCAAAUGCGUCGGAUUCGACCCAAUAACCAAGAGAGAGAUUCCUAGAACAUAUGUUUACUACUUGGAGAGCCGCAUGAACUAUUUGGAGGAACUUUUAGAAAGCAACGGGAUUGCAUACGAGCCUUGCACUGACUUUGAUCUCGGGUCGAAACCAAUCAGUGAUCAAUCUAAUACGACCCUUAGGCAUAGCCCAGGUUCCGAUCGUGACCCGACCAUCAAGCGAGAGAGGAGCGAUGUGGGCAAUGGCAGCGAGAGCGGAAGUGAAUGGGAGGCCAAGCACGAGGAGAGCGAGAAUAUCAACAAGCUGGUCUCCAAUAUUGGCAUGGUCUCUGUCCAAGGUGCUUCAGACCCGCGUUACCUCGGCUCUACGUCUGGUAUAUCUUUUGCUAGAGUAGUUGCUGCCGCAAUCAAAAGCGCAGUUCCCGGCAAGAGUGGAAGAAAUAGCAAGGCAGGAUCGUUUGGGACAGCUGCUGGCGCCGCUGGCCCGACAUCUAUGAGGGAAUCCUUCUUUGGGUUGACAAGCAAGCCAAGCAUCAAACCGGCGCCUUUUCCGGAUAAAGAUUUGGGCAUGAAACUGGUUGAGUUGUACUUCGAGUAUGCCAAUCCACAGAUUCCGAUAUUGCACAGGGGUGAUUUCAUGACGCUGUUCAACCGGGCUUAUCAGUCCAAGGAUAGACAGAGAUCUCCAAGGGAGCUCUACAUGCUCAAUAUUGUCUUUGCUAUCGGAGCCGGGAUAAUCCUCGAGGACUCAAGUAGCGCCAAAAGUUCUCCAGAACAGGCUAGAAAUACAACCUUCAAGAAUGACCCCGAGAGCCCUAGCUUCAAGAAACAAAAACUGUCGAGCUUUCAAAGGCAGCCAGAAGAAUAUCAUGCGUCUGCCAUGGUCCAUCUAGAGACCUUUCUUGGAUCUAUGCCGACGACAGAUCGACCAGAAGGUUUCGGGGGAGGUCUGGAACAGUUACAGGCUGUAUUGCUACUAGCUGGUUUCGCCUUGCUAAGACCAGUGGCACCUGGGCUUUGGUACAUAACUGGGGUUGCCGUGCGAUUGGGCGUUGAUCUUGGUCUUCAUUACGAGGACGGCGCAGUCCUUGACGACUCCUCAGCUCAAGAGCAGGACUUAAAUCCAAAUGCCAAAGGAAUAGACGCGCGAGAGAGAGGGCGAAGAGAAUGGGUCCGAGAUUUGAGGCGCAGGCUUUGGUGGAGUGUUUACUCUUUUGACCGCCUCGUCAGCACUUGCGUAGGGCGGCCGUUCGGCGUGACUGACCAAGUAAUCACAACCGACUGGCCAAGCGUGCUGGACGACAAAGAUAUCACGCCUGAAGGCUUCUUGAUUCACUCGCACAAUUUCAAUGGGCCGAGCUAUAAACGCGUUGCUCAUCACUACUUUCGCUUGAGGCUUCUACAGUCAGAGAUCCUACAAGUGCUCCAGUACAGGCAGGCCCAGCGAGUUCAUGGUAUGGACAGAGAGAAGAGCAACCAGUAUAUGCAUACUACACUCUCCUCUUCCUUCCUGCAACCUUUUCGUGGCUCGUUCCAUGCGUGGAGAAAGGACAUUGAUGGCAGACUCUGGGAAUGGAAAGAAAGUGCGCCACUUCAGCAGGAUACAACCGUACGCUUUAACAACAAAUUCUUGGAGCUGAAUUAUUGGCAAGCCGUCAUCAUGCUGUAUCGACAGAGUCUGAGCACGCCUCAAAGAUUCGCUGGUGAGGUAGGCCCUCAUACCGAAGUCGAGAGUCCUCUUUCUCCCCACAUUGAGGAUCACGAAUCAGACGAUGAGAUCUAUCUUAAAGUAGCAGAGGCAGGCCAAAGAGUACUAAAACUAUAUAGACAGUUGCACAAGAAGCAUGUUGUGAACUAUACCUACUUGGCGACAGUGCAUCUAUUUAUGGCGGGUGCGUACAGGGCAACUCCAAUUUUCCUUCGACUAACGAGAACAGGCAUUGCAUUUUUGUUCUCCGUAUGGCAUUCCGCCGCUGUUAGGAGUCGUCUUGUAAGACUCUGUUGUUGGCUGCUACAUCCAGACGUUGCUGACGAUAUUCAGAAUAUGACAGAUGUUAACUACACAGUCUUAGCUGGUACAACCGUCCUUACAGACUUGAUUGACAAAUGCCCACCGGCGGAAGCGUGCCGAGAUGCGUUUGAUCGCAUGAGUAAAGCUACAAUUGCAAUGUGUCACUCUACUACUGGCUUUGGAUCCCAGCUCAAGUUCAGCAGACAAGUCCAGGACGAAUCGCCCGUGUCGACCAACAGCCCUCAGUUUCCGCCACAACAAGCUUACCUUGGCUCGCGCCCACCACCGUCCUUCGAUUAUAACCUCAAAGAUCUCUUCUCCGACCAUUCAAUACCAGCAUCCAUGACUUUUAGAAGCGGCUCAGGCUGGCAAUUCCCUUCUAAUCAGCCAGCGCCCUUUUCCUAUCCCAGCCCUUCCGUAUCAACAAAUUCAAUAUCUACAGCGAACGUAGCGCAGAUGCACCCACAAUAUGAUCCUCGGCUUUUUAGUCAACAAGCCAAUACCCAGGCAAAUUUGACGAAUGCUGCAGACUUGUCUUCUUCGGUCACCUCAAAUACAUCUUCUUCAGGCUACGACUAUUCGAAUCUGGACAUAAUGCAGAUGCCUGACUUUGACUUUCUCUCUCACGAAGAUCAUAGUGUCGGAAAUACUAACGCUCCUUACACUAACUUAGGUUUUGAGGGUGGCCAACACGACUUUGACGACGGUAGCCCGGGUAUGCCGGAUCUGUUUGGCGGCUUCUUCUUUGGCGGGCCACAACAGUCGGAUACUGAUCUCGAAAGUAUUGGGCUAAACAUGGAUCAGUCAUCGUUCCCCGACGUAGGGAUGGCUGAAAGAAUGCAGACCUGGCCGCAAGGGCCUGGUGGUUGA